AUGUCGGAGUCUUCUGAAUUGCCGACUAUCGUCUCAAAACCGCCAAAAACUCGUACGAAGCUUCCUAUCUAUUUGGUUUCAGCAAUCGUCGUUGCUCUUGUCGUCAUUGUCGUUGUUAUUAAUAUCGUUCAUCGACUACCUGAUUCCCCUGAUGAUUCUAAAGACUCUGCUAUUUCUAAAACUACACAUUCCUCUGGAAUAGACAGCAGUUCAAUUGUUCCGGCGACAAGUCCUUACUCAUCUAGUACUGAAUCUCCACUGAUAACAAGUACUGAUUACAGUACCUCCACUUCUGAAAGUGAUUCGUCGUCGAGCAAUUCGGACGAAGAUCAUAAAGAUGGAGAGAACAGUACAUUAGUUCAAGUUACAGUCACAACUACAGUAAUCCCAACUUCCACGAUUCAAGAGACCACGGUUGAAACGACCACUGACUACGUCUCUUCAACAUCAACCCAGUCAUCGUCCUCCAUGGCUUUAUCUUCAUCUUCAUCUCCAAUAUCUGAAACUACAGUAAUCCCUGAUACAACUUUUAUCCCUCCGACCGGUGUGGAAUGUGGUAAAACAUGCAGUGUUUCUGUUGUUGAAUCAAUUCCUCGUGGAGUAUGGUUUGUCGAUCGAGUUUAUACAAAAAACUCAUAUGAGUCAUGGAUGGAACUACUUGGAUCUGCAAAAAGCGAGAUUGACAUCUUCGCCUACAAGAUGAAUCUACGAGGAAAAGAGCUCCGUUAUGACGUCGAUAAUUCAACAUUCGAAGGACGUCAGAUCUACAGUAUGAUUGAAGAUCAAGCAAAGUCUGGAAUCCUGAUCAAAUUGAUCGAUUGUCAACCACCAACUUUCCCAGAGAAUGAUUAUGAUGCAGAUGAAUUGGAAAGACUUGGAUUAGUUCAAAGACAAGGAUUGGAUAUGAAUACGAUGAAUGGAGGUGGAGGUGGUGUACAGCACAGUAAAACAUUUAUUGUGGAUGAUAGACACUUGUUUGUUGGAAGUUUGAAUUUCGAGUGGAAGUCUUUUUCACAGAAACUGGAAAUUGGUCUCGAAUUUCACGAUUGUCCGUGCAUUGCCAAAGACGCGUCUAGUCUUUUCGAUCAAAUGUUCGAUUCGCUUUCCGGGAAUGAGAAAUUGGAAACCCUGGAUUUCCAGCCACACAAAAUUGGGAAUUCAACAUUCCAAUUUUUGGUUAGUAUCGCGUCACCAUCCUUCCUCCUCUCUUCAUCCCACAGUUGGGACCUGGAAGCUCUCUUGAAUUUGAUCUACGAAGCUGAUGAAUCUGUUGAUAUUUCUGUUAUGCAGUAUUUCCCAUCAUGGAUUUAUUUCAAAAACCGAGAAUUCUACUUCCAAAUCGACAAUGCUAUCCGAAUGAGUAUUUCUCGUGGAAUCAAAUUCCGAAUCCUUGUAUCUGGGGACCAGAAAGAAGAACAAAAGUUGAUGUUCGCCUAUCUUCGUAGUCUUUCAGUUUUGCACUCCCCAUCGGAAAAUCGGUUCAUUCAAAUAAAGUUCGUUCUAAUCCCUCAAACUGCACAAGAAUCAUACAAGGAUCGUAAAAUGCAUGCGAAAUUCAUACUUUCUGAGAAAAGAACCAUUAUUGGAUCAUCGAAUUAUGCACCAGAAUACUUUUAUAAAUCGACUGGAACAGCUGUUGUUGUAGACGAAGAACCCUUCCAUGGUGAUAUUAACAGACAAGUCAAGGCAGUUUUUGAGAGAUACUGGCAUAGCACCUACACACAGAACCUUCAAAAGUUUGGAGAAUCCAAAGGGUUCCUUCCGAAAACCACAAAACCUUCAAAUCCAUUCGCCGGAUGGUUUGGUUUCGAUCAAAUUGGUGUCUUCAACGAAAAGUAUUCAGUUUCUGGACUGUUUCAUGAGAAUGACUCCGAAAAGGAUCAACUCCUUGAUCCGAUCAUUUUUAUUUAG